AUGGGUAACAGUAAUAGCAAUUAUCCGGUUCAUCGUACUACAUCUCAAUUUAUUUCACCACUAAAAUUUGUUCCAUUAAGCCCUAUAUUGAAUGAUACGACGUAUAAUCAUCACAAAAAAUUGAAACAACAUAAAAAAACAAAUUGUCGUAGUCGAACUAUAGAUUUGCAACAGUCAUCUACGCCAUUCUAUACAUUUCCUGACCAUAAACAAUAUAUACCACAUCCCCAUCAACAUCAGAAUUCACGUACACGUCAACACCGACAUGAACGAAAACUAAAACAUUCGUCAUUGUAUGAAUCUCACUCGUUCAAUCGUUCACAAACAGAUCUUUUUUCACAGUCACCCUUUACUCUAAAAAUUGAUAAUCCAAGUGGAACUAAUACUAUUGACUUGCACGAUUCAGCUACUCAGUUAGCAUCGAUCGACGGAUUUGACAGUUUUCUAUUCGAUAACAACAACAAUAAUGAUGAUCAGAAUAACGCUAAUUCAUUGCUAAAUGAUUGUAAAGAUGUAAGCGCAAAAAAACGAGUCAGUAAAGCUCAUCAGUCAAAAAUAAAAGAUUACGUUCAUCCCCGAUCUUCAUCAGCAUCAUCGAAAAAAACUCGUCCAAUCUAUUCAAAGUCAACAUGUGGUAAAUUACCACUCUCGACAACCAAUGAUCUAUUGAUUCUGCCAUCACUGUCAUAUGCACCAAAUAACGGUGGUCAAAACUUCGAUGAUAGUGGCAUUGAUCUGAGUCUAGAAACAACAGCCAACGCUGGAACUAUGGCACCUCGUUCAUCAAGUCCGUUGAAUGAAUUUGAUCCAGCAACAGCGAAUGAUUUUCAUGCCAUCAAUAAAUCAACAUUUACUAAAGCAUCAACAGUUCCAGUUGUAACAGAGUCAUCAAGUUCAGUGGAUUUCUGUCGUGAUUCGAUUGCUGCUUUGAGAGCAAAACAUAAUUUUAAACCACAUACAACGCAUGAUUUAUCGUUAAAACGGGGUGAAAGUUAUUUUUUAUUAGAAAAAACAAAUUCGGAUUGGUGGAAAGUGGCGAACAGUAAAGGACAAAUAGGAUAUACGCCUGCUAAUCAUUUUGAAUAUUGUGACGAUCGGGAUUGUUAUACUCCACAAUUAUCUCAUAAAAUCGAUCGUUCAUCGUCUUGUCUUGAAUCUCAACUAUCUAAUACAGCUUUGACUUUCAGUCCAAAUUAUAUAACAGCACCCUCUUCUUCUGAGUUGUCUCGCUCUAAUCAUCAUAACAAUAAAAAUCUCUCCAACAAUUCUCAAGAAUUUCGCCCUAUAGUAGAAACAGAAUCCGUCUCGAAUGUCUCUUGCCUAUCACCGUCAACAAAUGGAGAAAAUCAAGAUUUAAGGAAUUCAUCGGUUUCUUUGAUGAAAACAAUGAGAACAAACGAUGAUGAUAGUGAGAGAAAUAAAGAACGUCGAAAAUUAUCGUCAAACAGUACAAAUAAUAAUGUUCGAUCAUCUUUACAAAAAACGCAUUCCUUUUCAUUGUCAAAAUCACCACUCAUCGAUAAUGCUAAACAGGAAGAACAAAUUCAACAUCUACCCUAUUAUCAUCGAAAUUUAGAUCGAUCAAAAACGGAAGCCAUUUUAAAAAUGAUAAAUCGACCCGGUUGUUUUCUUAUACGUGAUCAUUUAACAAAAUCACAACGAAGCAAUAAUUCAUCGACGAAAAAUACAAAUGAAAAAACAUUAAAUCAAGUGAUUGAAACACCCUACGUGCUGUCAGUACUAUCACUAUCGAAUACUGUUUAUCAUUAUUUACUCUAUUAUGUCGAUAAAAAAUAUUUCAUUAAACCAUUUUCUGAUUCGUAUGAUACUUUGGCACACUUGAUAGAUGCUCAUCGUCUCAAUGAAGGUGUUUUACCGUGUAAACUUGUAGAAUAUCCAACAAAAAUCUCGCUACCUUCACAUAAUACUAGUAUUAGCAGUGGAGAAUAUAAAAAAAACCAGCAACAAGACGAUGACCAACAACAAUACAGUCAUGCCUCAUCGUCAACAGUCGGCUGGACAAGUGUAAAACAAACAUCAUCUGCUCGCGCGUCACCAUCACUAUCAUCGUCAACAUCUUCGUCGUCAUCAAAUUCAAUCCCGUCUUCACAAUUUACAAUCAAUAUGAAGAAAUUGAUACGACAAGAAAUUAUUGGAAGAGGACAUUUUGGAGUCGUUUAUAAAGGUAUUUACAAUAAUGAACUGUUAGUCGCCAUUAAAACAUUGCUAUUUUCACUUGAUGAUGAUCGCUCACGUGAACAAGAAAUGUUAAAAGAAGCAAAAACUAUGAUGCACCUCAAUCAUCCAAAUUUAGUGAGACUCUACGGAAUCGGUCGAUAUCAAGAACGCAUUUGUCUCGUUACAGAAUACAUAUCAAAUGGAUGUUUACUUUAUUAUUUACAAAAUAAUCAAGAACUGUUAUUAGGUGAUUUAAAAAAAAGUUUAAAACGUUUUAAUUCGUUUGCAUUACAAAUAUGUAAGGCAAUGGUUUAUCUGGAAUCAAAAUCGAUUAUACAUCGAGAUUUAGCAGCAAGAAAUUGUCUAGUGGGCGAGCAAGAUGUAGUGAAAGUUGGUGAUUUUGGAAUGGCAAGAUUUAUAAUCGAUGAUAUUUACCAGGGUAAAUCAGAUACACCAUUUCCAUUGCGUUGGUCAUCACCUGAAGUUUUAUUUCGUCGUGAAUAUUCGAUUAAAUCGGAUGUAUGGUCCUUUGGAGUACUUCUCUGGGAAAUAUAUAGUUUGGGUGAUACACCGUUUGGUAAAAUUAUCCAGAAUGAUUUUGCUGCACAACUGAUCAAAUCGUGUCAUAUGCCAACAAGGCCACAAUUAUGUCCACAACCGAUCUAUCGUUCUAUCAUGUCGAAAUGUUGGACAUUUAGAGUACAAGAUCGACCAAUGUUUUCAACAAUUAAACGCAUUUUGGAAAAGGUGUGUCGAAUCGGUACUGCUAGCCAGAACGAAGAUGAGACAUGUUAUGUUCAACAACACUCAGCUUCUCGAUCACAAUUGUUAUACUGA